AUGGCGAGCCGUGGACCUCCCGGCAUCGCUCGCGGUAUCUGUCCUCCACGAGCUCCUGUCAGAGCAGGCCCUCGGCGAUCUCCCUGCACACGAGACGACGCGGCGUGGGCGCCUAUAUUCAGUCGCACCGGUCAAGUGCCCAAAACGCGUCCAAAAGCGGCCGCUCGGAACAGUGCCAAUUCUCGCCUUUCCCGUCCCCCAACCCCUUCCGGCCAGAAUCCGCCACCGUCCUGGAUCUUCGGUCGUCCAUUUGGCCAGCAUGGGCACGGUCUGGGCGGAUGUGCAAUGCGAGCGGGCCCUCUUCGCAUGCCGAUCACCACGCCUGACUCCGCUGUCGCGUUGGAGGGAUCCACUCGGUCUCCCCCUCAGCUUGCCUGCGCGCACUUGCUGAACGCGGGCGCUGCCCUAGCGCACGCCCAAGCCCUGUACUCUAGUGCACUCGCCAGUGAGGAAAGGCGUCGGAUGCCGUACGGCAUGCGCCCUAGCCCAUCUGCGUCCCAGGGAUCCCGAUCAGCCGCCGCUGAAUGCGUGGCGUCCCCAGCAGCCCCGGUCCCUGUUCGUCGGGCUCUGGUAAAGUUUAGUGUAGCAUCGCAGGCGGCGGCAAGCGUGCCCCACUCUGGAGCCGCUGCGAUCGCCCUGGGGUCGUGCGUGACGGCCGGCGCAGCGACUGCCCACGGUGAGCGUGCGCGCGCAAUGCUGCACGCAUCCCCGAGCGCCUGCGCUUACCCCCGCGGUGUUGACGCAUCGGGCGGGUCAGCUGAUCGUCUUGAGACCACGGGACCUCGUUCCGCUCGCACGCUCGCACGACGGCAGCCCCCACGCCCCCGUGCCCGAGCGCGUUCCCAGCGCGUCUGUCCGAUCGACGUGCAAGGGUUCCACGCCCACGACGGGGGGAGAGCUGACGAACGCGAGACGCUGGGUGGCGCGCGCCAUAUAUCGGCGAGCGAUCGCAAAUGGGCGUGUGUGUGGGUAGCCACCCCUGCUUGCGUCACGAUCAUCCUGGCCCAAGGCCGAGCGGGCCCAGAAACAACGUCCCCUCGUCGCUUGUGCAUGCCUGCCAGGGACGAUGACGUCCGCUCCGCUCAGAGACGUCGCAAGAUGCGAUCAACUGGAUCGGGCAGCGCGCUCGCCGGAAACUUCUGA